UAUGCUUCAUGAAUUUAUAAUAUUGUUUUAUUUUUGAAAAUUUGCAUUAACAAGCAAAACAAUGACCUCAUUACUGGAAGAAAAGUGUUCUGCUUUUGAUCACUUCCAUCCUUUCCACUUAGGAAUGCAACACUGGAGUUGGAGGUGGCUCUAGGCCUGGUUUUUCUGAUGUCCUAAACAGAUCAUGUAUCGAGGUGCAUUUUAUUAGUUCACUGAGUUAGUGUGUAUGAUGUCACUAGUCAGCAUGAACAAAAUGUUGCUGGCUGACGUCAGUCCACACAAUUGCUGCCAGCAACCCUGCAGAGGUGAUGGGGUAACUGCAAACUGGGACUUAUGGUAGCUUUGAAAAGAAUUCAUCAGGAAAAAAAAUUAAAGCCUCUCAUCCUUGAUGUGAAGUUUAAACCCAGGAAAGCCUUCCAGAAUUACUUGUGCGUCUUGCAUAAUAGCAGGCCUCAUUGAGGUCAUUAAUAAACAGGCAUAAGAAAUACUUUGGGAAGUGUAAGUUGAUCUCAUUUGAGGCCUGUAGCUUCUUAAUCUAAAAGACAAAGGUCCAUCUGUUGACUAGAUGGAUCAUCUCUUCAAUUUUCCUUUUUAUUUUGCUUCUGUGUCCUCUAAGAAACCUAGCGUGAAAACUUGCUGACUGCUGUGGACAAAGAACACUUUGCGUAUCUUUUUCCUGCUUUCUUCUUCAAGGAUCUUAGACAAAGAAAAUAAGGAAACACAAAAAUUAAUUCUUUCAUUGGAGAACGUGGAAAAGAAAUGCCUUCAGACUACAGAUUUUAAUUUCAGUUUAUGUUUAGAAGUCCAUAUUCCUUUGUAAUAGUAACAACAAUCUGUAUCCGUUGCAAUAAUAAAAACAAGUUGUAAUUCAUAGAAAACAUUUCAUAUUCCUUCUGUUAGGAUUUUGUUACAGAUAUGGCUGUUGACAUUUGGUCAUCCCACAGCACAAAAAAUAAAUACUACUUAGCAGCUCAAGUGAUACAGCACUUGCUAAUUGACUCCCUUUUAUUAAGAUUCUUACUGCAAGAUGAGAAAGUCCAAUAGCUGGGUUGCUUUUAGAUAAUUGGCAUUUUACUCUACAUCUUUGAGACUUCUGUGUAACAUUGGGUUUGUCGUCUCCUAUUUCAAAUGGGUAAUUAAGCACUUGCUUUUUUCCCUGAUCAUUUUAAGGUAAUGAUUUGAAGAACUGUUGCCUGAAGUGCAUGCAUGAUCCCACUUAUUUAGUAUUUCAUAAAAACAUCGCUAUUUGCAGUUCUCAUCACAAGAGUCUACACCUAAUUAUUAACAUUUCAUCCUCUCCUCUUUCUUCCUCCAUCAUUACUUAAUCCAAAGGGAGAUGUCUCAGUAUUUAGUUAAUGUAACACAACCCUUUUAAGAAGACAUUGAAGAGUACUUCUUAAUGCUUAAGUGCUACUUAAUAAAGACAGGAGAGAAUGGGACUCUGUGUAUGGAUAUUGACUAUACUAUUUAAGAUGGUACUGCAUAGCAGUGGUGGUGCAUAUUAUGAUAGAGUUCUGAAAAGCUUGUUGCCUCUUUUGAAUAUUGUUACUGUAUGCAAAGGGUGCAGAGUAGCUGUCCAGGGCAUAGGAUGCUGUCUUGUUGCAUAGGAAACCCCGCUGGAUUAGGUGACACUCAGUGUGGGCAGUCUCUCAAGGAGCAGUAACCUCAUAGCAGUAUUAUCUACAGAAAUAUGUUGACUGUGUGGAUUUUUGUGGUCUUUUUUCAUUUCCUGCCACUGUGAAAUCUGCUGCUUGAUGCCUGUGUAUUGGUAGUGUCACUGAAGAUCAUUUAUAUUGGUUCUUUUUUUUUUUUGCAAGAUAAAAGGAGAACAUGUAUGGGCUCAUGUCACAUUCUUUAACUGAAGGGGUUCAAUCUCAUGUAUCAGAGUAGUAUUUUACUCCAUUGUAGAAUAAAUCUAGAUAAUAUGCUAAUUGCUAUGUGGUAUGAUUUUUUUUUCAUUCCUUUUAGUAUGAAAUUCUCUACUUCCUUGCUGAACUUAGGUGGAGAAACCAAAAUCAGAAAAGGCAAGAUGAUUACUGAAUGUCUGUGGGGUUUCUGUGGCAUUGUGGUGACUGUUUUUUGUCACAUGCAAAUAUUCUAAGAUAUUUUAUCUACACAUAGAUACUUAGAAAAGCAUAGGAAAAAGGAAGCUUCCCCCGCAUCCCCUUUUCCCCUCUGAAAAAUCUAUUUUAUUGCCUUUCAUAAAAGGAUUGGAAUGAGAUGAGGUUAUUUAAAGAAUAAGUAGGGUUCCAGUGAAUAUGCCAAAAUGGCAAAUAUCAAAAUUGAGAUGAAACUAAGAUGUUGCUUAGCAACUGUGGUACUCUUUGGUAGCCAUAGAUGAAUACACUGCUGCUGUAAAGUGAGUCUAUCUGAAGCAGGAUUUCUAAAGAAAUUACUUCAUGAAAUUUAUACCAAUUUAUUCCUCAUUUUGGUGAACCUUUUAAGUGCCUUUGUCAGGGAUGGGAAACAGAAACCUGGCAAUAAAACUUAUUUUGCAAAUUUUUGUUUUUCUAGAGAUAAACAAGGCUUUCUACCAAGUAUUUUGGUCUUACAUUUUAUAUUCUAGUAGCAAUAAACUCCAGCUUUCCUGUUCCUUGACUUGUCUUCGCAAUGGAUGCGGGAUUAUACUGGAUUAGUCAUGCAUGGGCUGCAGUUGCAGAAUGAGGAGAAAAAAGUGUUUCAUUAUAUCUGAAUAAUAUAAAUUGCUUUCAAUAUUUUUCCUCAUUGCACCAUAUUUUAAAAUCUAACUUCUUAGUUGUUGUGAGCUGUUUCAAACAUUCUUCUGAAAUGAAAUUUUGCAGGUGGAAGAUGGGUUAUGAUGGUUGAAACCUAUGUAUGAAGAGUUUCAAUUUGUGGGAAUUUUAAGAGUGCUCCUUUUAAUCAAGUUUUGUAGUAUGAGGAGCUUAUACAAAAAAUGUGUUAUAUUGCAUUGCACUUCAAGUUUAUCCUGAUUUUUUCAUGGGAAUUCUUACAAUUAAAAAACCCAUCCAAAAAGGUGUUAUGUUUUUGACAGGCACUUAAAAGAAUUUGUCCAUUGCUUGGUGUUCCCUAGUCUGGACUUCCGAAAAUAACCUUUCCCAUGUAGAAUGGGAUUCUUGGGCCUUGCAGUGUACCUUGCCCUAAAAACAAAGACAUUCAUGGCAGUUUUUAUUUAAUAUCCUGUUUGUCUAUGUUGUUAUUAUGUAUAUUCAUAAAUAAGAGCUGAAAAUAACUUUGUAUGUCUGCCGAACUUGUUACUCUUUGCAGUGUCUUUAAAUAUAUUUCUCUAUAUUUUUAGCAGCAGUAUUUACUGAAUGAAUAGUUUAUAUUGCCGUGUCAGAAGACUAAGGAGUAAAAAAAAAAAUUACUUGAAGAAAAAUAUGCAAAAUGAGCCACUCAUUCGAUUGGUUGACCGAAGAAGGGGAAGUGAGGUGCUUGGAAUUCAUAUUUCAGGUGUGAUAAAAGUCAAUGUCUUAUAUGAAUUAGAAAUUAAGUUUCAGAAACAAUCUUACUUUAGCUGUACAAAUUUUUUUGCAUAUCUGACCAGAGAUAGGAAACAAGAUGAAUUUGUUUUGCUGGGAGAAAAUUGCCUUAAGGAUAAGUUCACUUAUGCUUAUUGCAGCCUGAUGAUUUAUUGUUUCAUAUAUUUUUUAGCUUCCGUAUACAAGAAUUACAUUUAAAACCCUAUACAAAUAAAACUAGAUUCUCAAGUUCACAACCUAAUUACCAUUUUAGGCUUUUCUUAUUAUAAGUCAUCUGAUAGUCUUUUCCUCAACUGUAUGUAUCUAUAUGAAUGCAAAAUGCAUGAAGUAUAUAAAAGGUCUGUGUACAUAACAUAUUCAAAGAAGAGGGGAGUUUUGUUGUUGUUUUUUAAUGACUUAGCUUAUUAGUAGAAGAUGGCUUAUCUUGAAAGGUACCUUCUCAACUGUGCAAUUACUGCUGUGUUGCUGAAGAUGUAACAGUCCUUCAGAGAAGACUGGUGGAGUAGUCAUCUGACCACCUUUAAAAGUCCCAUUUUAAAGGGGUUUUAAUAUCUGACAGCUAAUACGGAUCUUCUGGUAAUGAAAUCAGUUGUACAGCUUAGGUCACAGAAUAUCUUAGAUUGGAAACAGCCUUUAAAGAUCAUGUGAUCGGGUCUUUCUUGGGAAAGAGAACCUAGAUGAGAUUAUAUGGCAUCCUGUCCAAUUGCAUCUUGAAAACUUCUAGUGAUGGGGAUUUUGCCACAUCCUUGGUGAGGUUGUUUCAGUAAAUCAUGUUCUCCUUGUUAAGAAAAAAUAAAGAAAAAAGUGUCUGUCAUAUAUUGACACACAAGUCUUGUGUUUUCCUGAUUCUUUACCUACCAACUGAUUUCUGCCAAACUUUAGCCCCACUCUGGUUAAAAAAGGAUUUUCCCAUCAACUGUGUAGUUACUUUCAGGACACUACUCUCAUUCAUCUUCCUUUGUUUCUGUUUAAGUAGCUUUGUUUUUCAGAGUAUGUGAGUUGACACGAAUUGUUAGCACUAGGUGUAAGCAUCUCAGAAAUGAACACACUGUGCUUUGUUGGUUAAGGUGCUACUGAUAUAGGUCAAUACAACUGUGCCAUUUAAAACUUGAGUGGCGUCAUUUCAAAACUUAUUCCUACUGGUGUUGAAUUUAGAAGUCUGGCCACAAGGUGAUAAUGAGAAAAGAGUGUCUCUUAUAUGGUAACAAUUAAAUCUAGACUAUUGCGUUUGGUCUCCUAAUGAGUCAGGUAAAUGGUAUACAGCGAGAUCAUAUGUCUGCGGUCUAUGCAGUAAGUAUGGUGAGUAGGUGGGUGUGUCAAAGGUUCUAGAAAGGAAGAAUACAGUAAGAACUGGUACCCUCUCUGGCUACUUUUUGUCAUUAAAGCCCCUUUCAAAGCUAGUUCUGUUUUUCUUAUAAUUUAUUUCUGUUACUGGAACUACAUAAAGAAAUCAUAGAUUCAUUUACUUCCUGCUUCCUGUUCCUUGGGCAGCUUAGCAAAGAAUUAUAUCUGGAAAUCUGUGUCUCUAGAACUUGUUCCAGACAUGCUGAAGUUAAAGACUCAUCCAUGCAAUGGUUGUUUAUAUAUUAGCUUAUUAAACAUUUAAAGGACCUUUUGGGUGACAUAUCGGGUAAUUUUUGUUACAAGUCUUUACAAAUGUGAGAUGUGACAAAUCUUUGCCUAGGAGCAAACACAGAAAAAUAAUUGUCCACCCACUGACCCAAGUGAAUUUAAUCUGCCAUUAUAGACUUUUACUAGAAUAAGUAAGUCUUACUCUGGUUGCAUGUUUUGUAUUCUAAGAAACUGACUGCCAUAGAACUUUAUUAGGAAGCGACGUUUAUCAUUGUAAAAACAAGAAUUACAUGCAUUAUCUGGGGUCCUUAGCAUAUUAAUACAAUAUGUUACCGGUACUAAAAAUAUGCCUUUUUUUUUCUUCUUUUUCUGUAUCUAGUAAUGAAUAGAAUAUUAGGUUGGCGUCUUCUUUCCUAGUUCCCAUCAUUUCACAACAUUAGUUUCCUUUGGAAAACAUUUAGCCUCUGAUAAAUGAAAAAAUGUCUUGUGGAAGGAGACAGUUUCUAGUAAAAUGCGUUAGAAGUAGCUAAUUAACAUCUAUGCAGUAAGCUACUUUUCCUUUAAGAAUGCUGGCAACAAACAGUCCUAACCCUAGGUACAAGUAAUGAAGUUUGGGUGAGCUGUAGUUUUUACAAGAAAAUUUGUGUGUUUUGGUCUGUUGGGUGAUGGUGGGGUUUUCCCCCUUAUUUUACUUGGAGGCUUUUUUAUACACAGAUUCUUUUUUUUUUAAUUUCAAAUACUUGGGAUUUCUGUUUAAUUUUUGAGAUUCUGUUUUGUUGAGUCAUUCAGAAGAUACCAACUGUCUUCAGUGAUCUUUGUGAUCAACCACGUGCUUUGGCCACUUUUUUUCCCCGAUCUCCUUAUUGAAUUGCGACAGAAAAAAUACCGUUUUUUCAUUCUAGCAGUGCUUCUGUGUAUCUUGUGUAUCAGAUGGCACAUUUCAGGCUGCCCAAGAGCUAGGUUAGACAAUGUACAUGUCCUGUGUGCACUGGCUGCUUCAUUCACCUUACAGUGUUGGCUUUCACCUGCUUUUACCUGUUCCAGGAAACAGAAACCUGGGGGCGGAUGUGUUGAAUAGAAGGGUGUGGGAACCUGCUUACUUGCUUCUGCUGCAGUCAGAAGAGUGUAUGCUAUCAGUUUCAGUGAAAAUGAAACUAUGGUUGGUCAUAAAAUUAUGUACAUGUAGAUUACUGCUGGAGUUACUAUCAUGGAACAUGUACGUACAUAAUAUCUUUAAGAUUUUUCGUUUUAUGGACUUUAUUUUGUAUCUAAAUUUUAUUCUUCAAAUGCCUUCUCUGUUGACUGAGUUCUUUUCUUAAUUUAUCCUGCUUGCCCUUCCAAAUGCCACAAGGUCUUUAGUUUCAAGUGGAGGAAUCGUACAAGUGUUUCUGGUGAGGCGUGAUUAACAAGGGGUAACUCAGGAGCCAAGAACUUCGUGUGGGAGUCUACAUCUUGUAAGGAUUAGGCGGCAUUUGUUGCAGGUCUUGUGGAUUACUCCAUUGCCAUCUCACCAAACCGACAUGGGCUAUUACAGUCAGAAAGAUGGUUUCUGUUCCAGCUUGCCUAGAAACGAAAGUGAGAAAGAAGAUACUAUGCAGAUUAUUUUGAUUUGAAAAGAUAAUUACUUCAGACUUUAUUGUUGUCACUCAAAAAGCCCCGUGGAAACCCUGAGGGAGCUGAGUACGCCGUGCCCGCCCGUGCCGUCACGUUAGGGUGGCUGCGCGUGCCUCGGCCCCUCGCGUUGGCCGCGCCGCGCUCCCGCCCCGCUGCGGGGCCGCUCCCAGCAGCAGCGCGGGCUAUUUUUAGCCUGUUGCCAGGCAGAUUUGGUGUAUGCAAAGCAGCUCUGCGGCAGCCAAUCCCGAGCAGGUAUGCAAAUCUCCGGCAGUCCCCGUCGGGUAAGGAGCCGACGAGAGGACAAGAUGGCUGACGAAGUGCUGCCUUGGCCUGCCUCAGACACUUACUGAAAGAAAACUCAUCUUUUCAUGUGGGAAAUGGGGAAUAGCCUCCCUGCCCCGGCCGGCACAGAGUCCCCACCAGGCUUUGGUUUAUGGAAGAGCUGGUGUCCUUACGCCCUGGCAGCGUGCCCCUUCCAUCCUGUGUGUGGGGCAGGUCUGGUGCGGGCCAGGUAGGGUGUUCUGCCCCUGCCCACAAACGGUGUCUUCCCCAGGUGAAACCCUCCCAACACCCAACUUACCAACUGCUGGUUCAGUUCCACUUUAAACUUGCUUUUUAAACGCAAUCUUUGCGAAAAAACUUCGUACAAGGUGCUUAUAUUUGUGGCAAACAGUAAUGUUUCAGUGCAGCAUCGCCUCGUUCGUUGCAAGUUUUCACUUCUGCUUCUUGUGGCAUUCGAGAAGUAACUGGGGAUCACUGUCAGCAUCAGGUAGCUCACCUCUGAAUUCUGAUGUCACUGAGCUGCCAGCUGGAAUUCCAAGGUUACAUCGCCACAGCUAGCUGCAUAUGUGAUACGGGAACUAAUCUAGACAAUAGACUGUUCAGGGUAAAUAUGUCAGGUUUUUCAUUACAAUAGUGUUAUUCUGCAUUUUAUCUAACAGAAGACAAGGGGUGCAAAUGUGCAUAUGUUAGUGAUACUGUGUCAAAUUUGCAGGCUGUUGAAUUACUGAAAAUCGUACAUUUAAAAUUUAUAAAGAAUUUCCUUAUUAAAGGAAAAGUAGUGUAUUUUAUAAUGCAUAGAAAAGCUUAAGCAUGAUCAGAACAUCUUGCCUUUUUUCUGAGAUUGUUCUUUUUCCACUGAGUCUCUCAUAUUUUUUGAUCUGGAUGUGCAUGAACAAUUAAUUUAGAUUGUUCAGGUUAAAGUUUGGAAUAUCAAAAGUUGAAUAAGUUUUUUGUUGUAGAUGCGUUUUGGCAGUUGCUGGCCAUAUCUGGAAUUAUUAGGUCCUACUCAUUCAGGGGUAAUGGAAAGGAAAUUCAAGCUGUUUAUUCUAUGCCGGAGAUGAAACUGUAAUCUAACAUUGAGACUGUGUAUAAUAUUAUUCAUCAAAUAGAUCUUUAAAUGCACAAAUUCAACUUCACAGUCCGUAAAUCCUUUUUUGUAAUUAAAAAAAAAUUCAACUUCUUUAGAGUUUUAGUUUGUGCUAAAAAACUCUUUCUGUAAGAAAGCUGAAUGUUGCUGUUACCACUGUUUAAAACAGCAGGAUUUGUUUAGUGUUUGGAGAUGUCACAGCUGAAUUGAAAGCUGAUGUUUUGAGUUGUUGAUAAAAGCUGGAAUCUCUAACACUUGUGGGAAGUAAGAAAACACAUUAUCACAGCCUUGUUGCUCUGGCUGAGUUCCAGUCAUGCAGUUUUAUUAGUUUAAUAACCUAAGUAGCUGUUAAAAUUCAGUAUACAGAAAAAGAUACAUUUUUUCUUGGAGAAUCAGCCUCUGUGUGCUAAAUAGUGGGUGUUUCUAAGGGACUUGAGUUGCUUGUAAAAUUUGUGUAGGAGAGACUCUCCACUUGUUUUCCAUUCUUCCAUGUUCCAAAGAAUACAGUUAUCUAGGCAUAAAGUGAUGAACAUGCAAGAACAACUUUGCAAAACCAGCAGCAGAUGAAAUAUCUUAACCAGGUAAACAGACCUGUCAGUCAUUUUUGUCCCAUGAGGAAUUCAUUUUUCCCACAAGGCAUCAAAGCAUUAUGGGGGAAAAAAACCUGACAAUUUUGGUAAGAGAAAUAGAUUAAUGAGGCAGUGUCAGAGGGGGUAUUAUCCUCUUGAGGUAGGAGACACAAGAGAAGUGCUUAAUUUACUGUGAUGUCAAUGUGAUGAGAGCAUAGCUCAAGUUAGAACCUGAUGCUAUCACAUAGACAAUAAACAAGACCAACUUCUUUGAGAUUGUACUGUGAGUUUACUCUGGUUUAAGAAGGCUUUAACCAUGUAGGUGCCUGUUUUUCUUAGGCAGAGAUACAUAUGUGGCCUUAAUGUUUUGCUGAAUUUCAGGAGGCAGUUUUUUGCAACAGCGGGGAAGAAUGGCUUCUCCUUUCAUGGCAGAAGUCCUACUGCAGUCAUGACAAAACACCAAUUUUCUGUUGGAAUACUAAAAAAAGCAGUGGUACUGCAUACGAUCUGAAGAAAGGAAGGUUUUCCAGAUGCCAUGCUUAACCAGGUUGGAUCUCGAGGUUUUUCUGAUUCAGCAUUCAACAUGGCAGGAAUUCAGUGAUUGCCUAACAAUGCUCCUGCGCAUUAAACACCUGUUCCCUAUGGCGGCUGUGCACCCGUACUCGUGGGUCAGCGCUGUUGUGCAGCUCCAGGUCUCAGACGGAAAGCCCUUGGCUUUCUAUGGCGCCCUUUGGAAAAUCCCGCUCCUUUAAUGCGCGCCCCCGCGCUCGUGCCCGCGCCCGACGUCUGCCGCGUGGGGCUUGUUGCUGGGUGGAAUUUCAGGCCCUCCCGUCUGAUUGGCUGCCGCGCGGCCGCUCCGUUCGGCCAAUGGGAGGCGGCCCUGCCAGUCCGUCCCGUUGCCGCGCGGGCUGCGGCCGUCGGGGUCCCGCGGGCGCCCUCUGGGGAGCGGCCGCGCCACUGCAGGGCUCCGCCGCAGGGGGACGUGCCUCGCUGCCCGCUCUGCGAGCCGCAGCUCUUGGGGAUGUGGCGGGAGCAGUUGAGCCGAAGGGGGUUUUAAUUACAGUUCACCUUGUUCUGCUGUGUAUGCACUAGGUGAAAUAGGGCAGGAUGGUGACGUAAUUUUUUUCUUAGAAAAUGGUAUAUUUUUCUUCCUACUCUCAGUUCAUAAAUUUCUGACAACUUAUAUCAAAAUUGCUAUGGAGGAUUUCAACUGACAACUGCUUUUUAUGAAUCACUACUUAAAAGGGCUAAGAUGGAUAGCACAGAGGAACCUCAGAAAAAAGUCUUUAAAGCACGAAAAACAAUGAGAGUAAGUGAUCGGCAACAACUUGAAGCUGUCUAUAAGGUUAAAGAGGAGCUGUUGAAGACAACUGAAGUGAAACUGUUGAAUGGAAAACAUGAGAAUGGAGACUCUGAUAUAAAUUCCCUUUUAAGCAAUACAGAUUGUACAGAAGUCAAGAAAGAAAUUAAUGGCAUGGUUGACUUGUGUGUUAACUCUGAAGAAGGAAAAACAGCUUGUGAUGAAAUUAGCAAGACCAAAAGCCCUGAAAGUAGGGCAGGAAACAUGGCCGGUGACAUAGAAUCCAAACCUCUAAUGCUGUCUUCAGAAAAUUUUACUCCUGAACAAGCUAAAGAUGCUGACAUUGCAGUAAAAUGUGAGGCUGAAAAUGGAGUUGGUAGCAGUAAAGAUAAUUUCCAUGAAGAAAAUAAUAAAAAAGAUCAUUUGGACCAAAGAAAGAAUGAUAUCCCAUUGGAAGGUGAAAGUAAACCAGUCUGUUUAGCACCAGAUAUUAGUGACUCUUCUGAAGAAAAGGAAGAAACAAAUUAUUUACCUGUUAAUUCCAGUUCAUCUGGUGGUGAAAAGAGGACUGAAGAAGUAACUGCUAAAGAGGUUGUUGGAGAAGCAGCCAUCUCUAGCAGUAUGGAAGCUGACCAGGAAAAACAAGAAGGCAGUGCAGGACCUGCAGAAACCACUGUUUCAAAGACAAUAGAUGAGCCAAGUGAAAGUAUCUUGGACAAUACGGACUCUAUGGAAACAGAUGACAUUAUUCCAAUUCUGGAAAAACUAGCCCCUGCUGAAGAUGAUCUGAGCUGUUUUUCUAAAAGUUCUCUGCUUCCAGUGGAUGACACAGUCCCAGAUUUAGAAGAGAAAAUAGACAGUUGUUUGGGUUCACCAUCCAAGCAGGAAAGCAAUGAAAGUCUGCCAAAAGAGGCUUUCUUAGUACUGUCUGAUGAAGACGAUCCCUGUGAUGAGAAGGAGGAACUUGUUGAAGGGAUAUUGCCAAACAAGUCAAGUCUUCCAGAAGAGGUGGAGGGGGAGAGAAAAAAGGAAUGUGAAGAUAAAGAAGGAGAAGAGGCCCACAAAGAAGAGGAGAUACAAAUAGAGAAAAAUGAAGCAUCAAAGAGAAAGCGUUCCAAAUCUGAGGACAUGGACAAUGUUCAUUCUAAACAUCGUCGGUACAUGGGAGAAGAUUAUGAAGCAGAGCUCCAAGUCAAAAUUACAGCCAGAAAGGAUGUUGACCUAAAAUUACAAAAGAUUAUCCAGAGACUGUUAGAAGAAAAACUUACCGCUUUACAGUGUGCGGUAUUUGACAAGACUCUGGCAGACUUGAAAACCCGAAUGGAGAAAGUAGAAUGCAACAAGAGGCAUAAAACUGUGCUUACUGAAAUGCAGGCUAAAAUUGCAAGAUUGACAAAGCGGGUUGGAGCAGCCAAGGAGGACUUGAAGAAGAGACAGGAAAAUGUGGCAAAUGCACCUGUAUCUCCAGGGAAAGCAGCACCUGACCCUGCAAAUGUAAACAAUGCCACAUAUCGAAAUGCUGGCACAGUAAGGCAGAUGCUGGAGUCAAAGAGGAAUGUAGGAGAGAGCACACCAGCAACUUUUCAAGCCCCUGCGAAUCCAGUGCCUGCUUCCAGUCUUGCUGCUUCUCCAGCAGUUGUCAGUGGACAUCCUAAGCUUCAGACUCCAGUGUCCUCCAGCAGCUCUUUGACAACAGCAGUGCUUCCCACAGCUAACACGGCUACGGUUGUAGGCACUAAUGCAGUGCCCACUGGCAGCACUCAGUCAGUGUCUGUCUCAUUGCAGUCUUUGCCUGUAAUCCUGCAUGUACCUGUGGCAGUGUCGUCCCAGACUCAGCUUCUGCAAGGCCACACAGGGACUUUGGUCUCUAACCAGCCCUCAGGCAACGUUGAAUUCAUAUCUGUACAAAACUCGUCUACAGUUGGUAGCCUUACCAAAACGACUGUGUCUUUGGCAUCAACUAACACAACUAAACCAAAUAACAUCCCACUUGUGCCCAGUCCUGGUAUUCUGAGGACCUCUACAGCCAGUGCUGGGUCAAUAGGCACAACGUUGGCAGUACAGGCUGUUCCUACUUCACAUCCUGUUGCACAGACCACAAGGACUUCUUUGCCCGCAGUGGGUACUCCAGGACUUUAUAAUGCGACUGCCAGUCGAGCACCCCUACAGAUGAAGCUUCCUCUCCCUGCAUUUAAUAGUACAGCUCCUACUGAACCACCCACCAUUGCAGCACCUAAGAUUGAAAACCAGACAAGCAGGCCACCAACAGAUACUUCGGCAAACAAGCGACCUGCUGAGGGAACAACACAGAGCGGGAAGUUCACAGGAAGUGAAUCAGGAGGUGUCAUUGAUCUUACACUGGAUGAAGAGGAUGACAGCUGCUCUCAAGCAGAUGGCAAGAAGCAGAAGCAGAACCAGAACCAGGCACCUGUGCCAGGACUGAGCAUACCCACUCAGCCCUUGACUCGACCCCUGCAGCCUUUGCCACCUUUGCAGCCAAGCCCUGUGCAGCAGCCAGGUGUGCCAACAAGUGGCCCUUCCCAGACCACCAUCCAUGUAUUACCAACAGCUUCGACAGCGGUGAAUGUAACUCAUCGGCCUGUGGCUCCAGCUAAUCCCAAGCUUCCUAUCCCAAGAACCCCUGCUAACCAUCAGGUGGUCUAUACCACUAUUCCUGCACCACCAGCUCAGAAUCCUGUAAGAGGAGCUGUCAUGACCAGCCCAGGCUUAAGGCCAGUCACCCCACAGACUGGAGGUGUGACCGUGCGGAUGCCUCAGACAACCUACGUGGUGAACAACGGGCUGGCUCUGGGCUCGGGAGCGCCUCAGCUCACGGUGCACCACCGACCGCCGCCGCAAGCGCAUACUGAGCCACCACGCCCCAUACAUCCCGCUCCACUUCCAGAGGCACCACAGCCACCACGUCUGCCCCCUGAAGCUGCCAACACUUCUCCACCUCAAAAGCCACAGCUGAAGCUGGCCCGGGUACAGAGCCAGAAUGGGAUUGUGCUGUCGUGGAGCGUGAUGGAGGUGGACCGGAGCUGUGCCACCGUGGACAGUUACCACCUGUAUGCCUACCACGAGGACCCCAGUGCCACUAUGGCCUCGCAGUGGAAGAAGAUCGGGGAGGUGAAGGCGCUGCCGCUGCCCAUGGCAUGCACCCUGACACAGUUCGUGUCUGGCAGCAAAUACUACUUUGCAGUCCGGGCUAAGGAUGUCUAUGGACGCUUUGGACCCUUCUGUGACCCCCAGUCCACAGAUGUGAUCUCUUCCCAGAGCAGUUAAACUAGAGAUCUUUGGACUCUUUAAACCUGUCCUGCUAUCAAGAAUUACCCCAGUUUUGGGAGGAGUUGAUCCCAUGCAUGUAAUUCACCUUUAAAUCCACUCUGCAGGAUUAUUUUAGACAGCUGUGUGAUACACUACAUGCACUCAGAACCAAAAGAAAAAUAAAGUCUGACCUGCAGCAAGAGAGUCUGUUUUUUCUAAAUAGUUCAUGCCAUUGGCCAUUUGAAAAUUUAUUUUUUCCUUCCAUGACAGGUGUUCCACCUAGAUACCUACUAACCUUUAUCCAAGAGCAUCCUGAAUGCCUGGGGUUCUGCUUCAGAAUGGAAACAAAAUAGUAAAUUGCAGUUUUCCUGAAGUAAAACAUACACAUCUGUAUUGUCUAUUGAGACACCAACACAAGGGCAAAAAUGAUCUGCCUCUUGCCCCCCCCCAGCAUUCUGUGAGCAGAUGUGACAUGAAGGAUGAUUCAAGGUCUUACUUUUUGUACUGGAGGCUUGAGUGGUCUGGUCUUACCUUACAAACUGUAAUAAGCUCUCUGAGGGGAGGGAAGGGAACUUGAGUCUGGCCAGGAACCUGUGUAAAUUUGGAGGUGGUGGAGAAAAAAAAAUAAUCACCCCACAACCUCCUACCUCUUCUAAGUAAGAAUCCAUCUCUAUUUUCACUAUCCUCCCCUACUCACCUUGGGAGCAUUCCCGGAUCUGAAACUGGAUUGUAAAGUCUCCAUUCACACCUUGGUAGUUCCGGCAAUUUCUCUGUCCCUCCCCUCAUACAUACAGCCCUAUUUUUUAGAUUUAUUUUGUGCCUUAAAGAAUAAUUUCAGAAAUAAAAUGUAGCCAGAUACCUUGUGUUGUUCUUUUAUUUGCUUGGAGUUAUUUUUCCUUUUACCCUUCUAUUUGUCUUUUAUCAGUGCUUCUCAUUUUCCAGGCCUGCAGUAAUUGCUAUUUACGUAAAGACAAGAAAGUGUAACAUCUGCCGAUUGUGAAUUUGUUCUUAUCUGCAGUAUCACUCAACCCUUUCCUUACUGAGUAGUUGUUUUUGUCUUGUCAAGAAUAUUGAGUAUACAGACAUUAUUUUCCACCAGAGCCUUUCCUGCUUCUUUUGGGAAAGCUGCAAUUCAGCCAAAGAAGAAACCCCCGUGGUGCGGUGCCAUGAAAGCUUCUGCCUGUUUGCACUUGUUUGGAUGCUCAGUGAGUACAAAAGGAGGAGCUGCUUCCCAGUGUGCUUCUCUCUCCCAUCACCUGCCUGCUUCUGCAGAAAGGAGACAGCCAAGGGGGAUUCAGAAACUGUUAAAGACAUUGGCCUGAACCUUGUGAGCAAUUGCAAAUGUUAAUAGAUGCUUUCAUGAUGUUUCUGAGCUGAGAAAAGAAACUGGUGCAUCUCCCUUGCUGUCAUUGACUUGUUAAACUUGCUUUUUGCAGAACAAAAUUGUAAUGCACCUAGACAAGAAAGUAGAUGUGAGGAUUGAAUUUGGCAAUUUUCAGUUGCAUUCCUACCCAGUAGAACCAAACAAAGGGUUUAGAGGGGAAAGAUUUUUUAAUCCACUUCACCAUAUAGCAAAGCUGCAGACUAUGACAUUUUUUCAUUUCAGUGCUCUCUUUCUCAAAACCAGCAUGCUGAAGUGUGAAGCAAGAUUUAAAAAGUAUCAGAGAAGUUAAAUCUCCAAACAGGGCUGAAAUAUUCUAAGAGAUUAUGGGUUUUGUAGCUGUGGUUCCUUUGUUUAGAACCUUUACAAUGAAAGAAAUGGCACUGUAGACCUCUGUCUGAUUUACUGCACUUCUUCAUGAAACUGGGAGUGUCACUUCUCUCAGGUGUUAUGGAUAUUCUCUGUAUGAAAACUUGCAUUUAAAAGUUGAUUUCGGGAAGCAAAAAUUCUGGCUAAAUCCAAGUAUCCUCAGAGAAGGUUCACAGUGUGUAUGAACAAUGUGUAACCUUUUCUUUGAUCUGCAAUUUUCCCUGUAUUUCUGGUGCUAUUAUCAAAAACUCCUUGAAUUUUUCUGUGUUUAAGUAAAUGUUCUGUUUGCUUAUUUUAAGGAAUAAUUACUUAAUGCAUUUAGAUUGUGGAAAUAGACUAAAUUAUAGUCCUUAUAAAGACAGUUUUGUAAUAGAGAUUAGAACAGUUAUUUCCAGUUGAUGGAUGUCAAGUCCUUGGCCAAUUUUUUGUUAAUGUGUCUUUUAGGUGGUACCAAAGAGCCUUUGGCUGUAUCAGUAGUAUGAAGUUUUACAGUUUGAAAGUUGAAAUAAACAUGAGGAUACAACCUAGAACUUAUUUAGUUGUGAUUCCAGCCCAAACGAUAAGUGAGUUUUGUUAUAGUUUGAGCUUCCAUUUAGAUAUUCCUUGCUAGGUUUGUCUUCUUUGGGAUAGGCAGGGGGUGCAAGUCCUGCAUUAGAGUAUUUUCUUUCCUCCAGUGGAGGUAUUAAUAGGGAUGGUGUGUCAUUCCAUUUGGAGGUUUGGUGGGCUGCAUCAUUAGAGAAAGAAGACUCAUACUUAAUUACUAAAGAUUUAGUUCUUUACUGAACUGACUGUAAAAACUGGCUUCUGGCUUCUGGCCUGUAUGGCAGCAGUUCUGGGUUUUUGGCAGGAUUUUGUGAGACACCUUUGUUGACCAAAGACAUUGCAGCUCUGGGGUGAACGAUCACUUCCCUGUUGUUUCAUCCCAGCAGGGCUGUUAAAGGUUGGAUUUCAGUAAUCUUGAGCAAGUACUGGUGGAGAAGUGUGUGAUAAAGCAUGGCUUGACUUUGAAAUGCCUGGUUUGGUGUGGAGACCUCCAAAGGAGCUCCUGAAAUCACUGAUUAGUGCUUAAUUAGUGCUUAAUUCCUUACCUCAUGGCAGUUUUCCCCAUGUGGUCGAAUAGGUGAUAGUUUUAUUAUCCUUUACCUCCCAGAAUGAUUAAAACUAUUGAGAAGCUUUCUGCUAGCAACAAUCAACCAGAAGCAGUUUGUUUCUUUUGUAGACUUUAUUUGAAAGUAUUACCAAAAUAUUUGGCAACAUUCAGUACAGGUCUGUUAAUACUGUGCUUCUAGACUGGUCUCUUCUUUAAUGAAAGGUAUCAAUCACUGAAGCCUUCCAAUAAUCCACUUUUAAAUAUGCUAAAAAUUUCUAUAUGGUUUUUAAGUGAAAUUGUUGAGUUUGGUUUCUUCUCUGCACUUAAUGCAAAUUUUUCCAUCUUUCAAUAGCUUGGUAUAAAGUUAUUCCUGACUCUGUGUCUGAAUUCUGUGAUUCUGUGUUUUGCUGCUGCCUCUGGGCACGUGACAUUUCAGCAGUACUGCCGUGGACUGAGUUGCCCAUGUUUUAGCAAACACUGUAGCACUGAGUACAGCUGUGUUUUCCAUCCUCAUUUACUUUCCGGUGUGUUUUAGGUUUGAAUUGUUUUCUCUGUGUGUGAUACAAGGGCAUCUGGAUGUCCAGGUUGAAAGUAAUUUGAGUUAGUUCAUCUGCUUGGAGAGGAGCUCUGCUGUGGAGUGCUGAUGGCAAAAUGGCAUUCUGCAUUUCUCCUAGUUACAGCUUCACUGGCCUGUUUUAUUGCAGUAUGGCUAAAAAACUAUUGGAUACAAAAACAUAAAUGCUAGGAGGGAACAGACUGCAGACUACAGGCAUCAGUACUGUCUCCAGUGACAGCUUCAGAAAACACAAGGAUGCAGAUCUCUCAGCCUGUAAUUAUUUCCAUGCUCUGAGCAGCUUCCCUAUGCGUUGGUCUGACGUUGCUCCUCGGAAUUGUUUGUGCUGCCCUUGGCCAUGUUAGAUCACUGAGCACAAGCACUGUGACAUCCAUUCCCAAGGUUUUUAGCACAAGGCUGGAAACACUCAUGGUGUUCUCUCUGUAAAAUUAAGGGGUCUUACCCUGCUUCCUUUGAAAACAAAGGCAAAACCCCUCAGUCUUCACUGGGACCACGACUCAGCUCAGUAGUAGGAUCUGAACAUCAUUUUAUACUGUAACAGAAACAACCACUUCAGCUCUUCCUUGAUGCUGUUAGUCUUAAAUGUACAGUAAAUAAAACCAAUAUUUUAUAAAGGGAUGGGUCACGUCUGUUCCUGCUCCCAGGACAGCCAUUCCCCAGAAUGAGUAUUGCAUACACUGUACAAAAUUGAGCUGUGAUUCUGCCUUCUUAUACACCCUUUGCGUAUUCUCCUUUUGUCAAAAAUAUCUAUGCAGAUAUUUUAAAUAGAAGCUUGAUAUAUUAUAUAUAUAUUUUUUUAAUUCAUUGCUUUGGGUAGGGGUGGGCAUUGUAUGAAAACACUGGAGGGAGAAGAGAUUAAAUGACACUAAGCCAGCCCUGCCAUGCAACUCUAUUCCCUUCCAAACACCUUCUGAGAGGAGAAGGAAAAAAAUAAGGUUAGCUAGGAGAAAACAAAUCAAUGAAUUUUCCUUUCCAUUCCUUUUAAGUUAAAAAGGCAUCUUUCUUUCUCAUCAUCAUUAUGCAGGCUGAGCAUUCUUUUCUUCUUUUAUAUACAUAUGCCUAUAUAUAUGUACAGAUGUGUGUAUAUAAAUAUACACACACACAUAUAUAUAUAUUUGUACUGCUGUCUUAAACUAAUAAGGUGUAGCUGUAAAUAAGAUAGCUGAGUAGUAGUUGUUUAGGGAUUCCUGUUCAGCUUUAGUAAUUUAUUGGUUAUCAGAAGUCAAAUGUGCAAAAUCCUUUGUUGGAAAAUUCCAAAUCUGAUUUCUUGUUUUGUUUUGCAGCUGGACUUGUAAAUACAAAAGAAAAAAUGUAGGACUGAUUUAAUGUCCACUUUAAACUGGGCAGUUGCCAGCUUUCCCCAUUUUUGUAUGUACUGUAGAUUAGUGUGUGUCUGUGUUAACUGUUAGUGGGGUUUUGUCUGACAAGCCUGGAAUUUAUACUUUGAAAUAAAACUACUGGGUUUUUAACAUUUUGAGUCAUCUGUGCUUAGUUCCUGACGCUGCAGGAAGCAACUCUCAAAAAAAAGCUCAAACCCUGCUCCUCCUCUCCAGAGGUGUUGCCACUUUGCUCAACCAACACUGAGCAGCAAGGCUUUGGCUUGUGGUCAUUCCCAGGAAGUCACUGCAUGGUGCUGCCCUCACAGAAGCAAAAUACCAAAGCAAUGCUGUAACUUCUGGAAAUUUGCCUUUCGUGCACUUCUGCAAAUAAAUAAAGU